AUGCAUGUCGGUGGUUGCAAGCUGUAUGAAUCUACUUACUUAGUUUUCCCUUUUGAAGUGGCUGAUCUUGACCGCUGCAGUUGGAGCCGAUCAAAGUUUUUGACCUCCAUUUCAAUCGAUCAUUGGAGUCCAACUCGGUUUGAAUUCUUAUCACGUUGCGAAAUUUUUGAAAGUCGAAAACCCGUCAGGUCCGCAGUCUCUUGCACCUUUCUGUCAAAAAUGUCUAUUUUAACAGAAAAGAAACAGCUAACUCUUAUAUUUGUGUUGGAUGAAUCAAAUAAAAAGGUAGAAAAACGAUUUUAAUAUAGUUAUGAGAAACGGAUCUUCAUGGACGCUCAAAUAUGUUGUAUAGAUUUUACUCGGGAUGAAAAAAAGAGGUUUCGGGCAUGGCAAAUUCAACGGAUUUGGAGGCAAGGUAGAGGAAGGUGAAACCAUUCUUCAAGGAGCACAUCGUGAGCUCGAGGAAGAGGCGUUUGUAACCACACCAGAGCUGCAUCGGGUCGGCCUGCUAUUGUUUACGUUCGAAAACGAUCCAAAAGCACUCGAAGUUCAUGUCUUUUUAACAAAAACGUAUAACGGGGAGCCAAAGGAAUCAGAGGAAAUGAGGCCCGAAUGGUUCUCCUAUGAUGCAAUUCCAUUUGACACAAUGUGGGCCGACGACAAAUAUUGGUUACCAAUUCUGCUCCAAGGCAAGCGUUUUGUAGGAAGGUUUGACUUAAAACAGGAUCAAAGUACUAUUAUCAAAGAGGAGCUGAAGGCGAUCGAUACAGAGUUGCCUUCCGAAUGGGAAUUAUAGACCAUUGGCCAUCAUCAUUCUAUAGAACUCAGCUGCAAUUAUUGUCAAAUAAUGGUGCUUUCACUUC